CGGGGCGGGGCGGCGGCGGCUUCCGGCAAUAAUCCCCGCGGGGUGUCAGGUGCGACCCGGCGCUGCAGGUGCGGACGGCGGCGUCCGUGCCAGGUGAACAAUGCCAUUUUUGGGCCAGGACUGGAGAUCUCCUGGGUGGAGCUGGAUUAAAACAGAAGAUGGCUGGAAGCGGUGUGAGUCCUGGGACCGGGGACUUGGGAGUGAGAACAGCCAGCGCGGCAUCAGCCACAGCAUUAUCUUCAACAGUGAAGAUGAAGAAAUAGUCAAUAAUGAAGACCAUGAGUACACAUCCAAAAAGAGAAAGAAGGAUCAUUUUAGAAAUGAAACAAAUACUCAAUGUUUUUAUCGUGAAAAAUGGAUCUAUGUUCAUAAAGAAAGCACGAGAGAAAGACACGGCUACUGCACGUUGGGAGAAGCCUUUAAUCGCCUAGACUUCUCAAGCGCAAUUCAGGACAUCCGAAGGUUCAAUUACGUGGUCAAAUUGUUGCAGCUAAUCGCAAAAUCCCAGUUGACUUCACUGAGUGGUGUGGCUCAAAAGAAUUACUUCAACAUUUUGGAUAAAAUCGUCCAGAAGGUUCUAGAUGACCACCAAAACCCUCGCCUUAUCAAAGACCUUCUCCAAGACUUGAGCUCCACCCUGUGCAUCCUUAUUCGAGGGGUGGGCAAGUCUGUGCUGGUGGGAAACAUCAAUAUUUGGAUUUGCCGGCUGGAAACGAUCCUCACCUGGCAGCAGCAGCUACAGAACCUCCAGAUGACCAAGCAGGUGAACACUGGCCUGACCCUCAGUGACCUGCCCCUGCAUACGCUCAACAACAUCCUGUACCGGUUCUCCGACGGAUGGGACAUCGUCACCUUGGGCCAGGUGACACCCACACUGUCGGUGCUCAGCGAGGACCGGCAGCUGUGGAAGCAGCUGUGUCAGUACCACUUCGCGGAGAAGCAGUUUUGCAGACACCUGAUUCUUUCAGAAACAGGUCACGUGGAGUGGAAACUCAUGUACUUUGCACUUCAGAAGUGCUACCCGACCCGGGAGCAGUAUGGAGACACCCUGCACUUCUGCAGGCACUGCAGCAUUCUCUUCUGGAAGGACUGCCGCCUUGCUUUGUUGUUGAAGGACUCGGGGCACCCCUGCACAGCUGCGGACCCUGACAGCUGCUUCACGCCCGUGUCUCCUCAGCACUUCAUCGACCUCUUCAAAUUCUGAGGCUCCUCCCUGACUUUCGGAGCAGCGGCUGGUGAUCGAUGGGUAUGGGGCCCAGGUCUCCUGCGAAGAACCAGCUCCUCUGCGCACGGGUGGGGAGGCGGCUCUGUUCUCAUCCCAGAGGGCUGGACCCAAGCAACACGCCUUCCACUUCCUGCCUCGGAGCCCAGCACAGGCAGCCUCACGGCCCCGGGCUCUGUGCACGACAGAAGGUGCAGGAGCUGCCUCACCCAUGCCCAGUGGGGUUGUGUUUUGUUUUGUUUCGAAUUCUGCACUCAUGGGGGGUGGAGGACAAAUGACUGGUCCCUGUAAGCAUAUUGUGAAGACUAUUUUUCUCGAGAUGUAUUUUAGCAGCACUACCUGUGUCGUCUAGAUGAACGGUCCUGAGGCUAGAGGGGCAGGGAGGUACGUGCAUGUCUCUGCUGGUAUCUUGUGUCUGGGCUGUGAGGACAGCAACCUCGGAUGGACAGUGGGGCAGUGCCAGCAUCCAAGCUCACAGGGGAAAGGAGCCCUGCACUGUGGCCAGUCUGGGUGUCCACAGUCCAGUAGUGGACCUGGGACCAAACCCUCAAGUAAGUCGGGAUGCCCACUGGAGUCUGAACUUCGUUGCUGUAUUGAAGCUCCUUUUAUAGACCAAGUAAUAAAAAUGUUUGUCUACUGA